AUGGCUCAAUUAACCGUUGCAGUUGGCGAAGCCAAGCCGGGCGAAACCGCCCCCAGAAGAAGAGCAGCUCAGAAGGCUGCUGCGUUGGAAAGGCCAUUGGACUCGAAGGCAAACACUUUACCAGAGUAUAUCGAUGAGUGUGUUCAGAGAAACCUCGACCGUAGAUGUAUGGGGUGGAGAGAAUUGUUGGACAUCCACACUGACGUCAAGAAAGUCACCAAAGUCAUUGAUGGCAAGGAGCAGCUCGUGGACAAAGAAUGGACCUUUUAUGAGUAUUCUCCCUACCAGUACCAGACAUACUCUGAAGUUCAUAAUGCUAUUAAGCUGCUUUCCCAUGGUUUGGCUAAGAUGGGCUUGAACCCAGGUUCCAGCAGACUUCACAUUUUCGCUUCUACGUCUCAUAAGUGGUUGAAGGUGUUUUUGGCUGCCCAGUACAACAACAUCACCGUGGUGACCGCUUACGACACCUUGGGUGAGCUGGGCUUGGUGCAUUCGCUUGUUUCGACUGAAUCAAACGCCAUUUUCACCGACAAUGCGCUUUUGGGCAACUUGGUGCGUCCGUUGCAAAAGGCUGAUCACAUCAAGUACAUCAUCCACAGUGAAGACGUCAACCCAGAAGACAAGCGUGUCAAUGGCUCCUACUACAAAAACGCUGAGGAUGCCAAGAAGAAGAUCUUGGAGGUCAGACCAGACAUCAAAUUCUUCUCCUACAACGACAUUCUUGCAUUUGGCGAGAAGUUGGUGGACGAGCCCUCUGAGUCCGUGGCAAAGCCUCUGGACAUUGCCUGUAUCAUGUACACCUCGGGUUCCACUGGUGACCCUAAGGGUGUUGUUUUGACGCAGGCCAACGUUUUGGCUGGUAUUGCUGGUCCUUCGACCAAUGCUGCUAGGGACUUGGUGAAGAAUACCGACCGUGUCAUCGCAUUUUUGCCAUUGGCCCAUAUUUUCGAAAUGGUAUUCGAGUUGCUUGGCUUCUGGUGGGGCAGUUGUCUUGGUUAUGCUAAUGUCAAGACCUUGACUGAUGCCUCGUGCAGAAACUGCAAGUCUGACUUGGCAGAAUUUCAACCUACCAUUAUGGUGGGUGUGGCUGCUGUGUGGGAGUCUGUGAGAAAGGGUAUCAUGGCUAAGGUGAAGCAAUUGCCUCCUGUUGUUCAGAAGAUCUUCUGGGCAUCGUUCAAGGCCAAGAGCACAAUGAACCACUACCACAUUCCUGGCUCGUCUAUCUUCGAUGUAGUGUUCAAGAAAGUCAAGGCUGCAACCGGUGGCCAAUUGCGUGUCAUCUUGAAUGGAGGUUCUCCUGUGUCAAAAGACACUCAAGUGUUCAUUUCCACCUUAAUUGCCCCUAUGUUGAUUGGUUACGGUUUGACAGAGACUUGCGCCAAUACCACCAUUUUGGAGAUGCACAACUUCGAGUUUGGAGUGGCUGGAACUUUGGUGGGUACCAUAACCUGUAAGUUAAUUGACGUUCCAGAGGCUGGCUACGAGGCCAAGAAUAACCAGGGUGAGAUUUUAUUGAAGGGUGCUCCUAUCACUGCCGAGUACUACAAGAACCCUCAGGAAACCAAAGAUGCAUUCACCGAGGAUGGAUGGUUCAAGACUGGAGACAUCGGUGAGUGGACUUCUAACGGUCAGUUGAGGAUCAUUGACCGUAGAAAGAACUUGGUCAAGACUGCCAAUGGUGAAUACAUUGCUUUGGAGAAAUUGGAGUCUACCUACAGAUCGAACCCACUUGUGUUGAACCUUUGUGUUUACGCUGACCAGAGCAAGGUGAAGCCAAUCGCCAUGAUUUUGCCUAAUGAGCAGCAUUUCAAGCAUUUCCUCGUUGACGAGAAAGUGUAUACUGCGAAUGAGUUGAAGGACAAAGAGUUAGGUGUGUUGUACCACGAGAAGAAGGUUGUCGCUGCUGCUCUCAAGUCAUUGUUGGCUACUGGUAAGUCGCAGGGUUUGCAGGGUAUCGAGUUGCUCCAGAAUGUCGUUUUGAUUGACGACGAAUGGACGCCUCAGAACGGUUUUGUUACCUCUGCCCAAAAGUUGCAGAGAAAGAAGAUUUUGGAUGCCUACAAGUCUGAUGUGGAGAAGGCAUAUGCAUGA